UUUAGAACGUAGGUGCUCACUAAGACGGGAUUUUAACCCCUUAGGGGGUAAAACAGAAUCCAUAUUAUAGUCAUCAAUUAUUUAUCCGAUUUCAAAUUUUUUACAUUGUUGUUUCAGGUCAGUGGCUGAGAAGAGAAAAAAAAGUAUUGCACCAUUAUGUUUGACGAAAUGGCUCUUGAACCGGCUCUUUUUUUAUUCAAACAAGUAUGAUAAUAUCUCAGGAUUCGUCGAGCUCAACAAAAUUAAACUAAUAACCUGGCAGACCAUGCUCUCGUAUUUAUGGCGAGAGGUGCCGUCUGCAAAUGGCAACAGCCUGUGGCGUUUUAUUUUACGGAAGGAGCUGUUUCAUCACAAAACUUACAAAUAAUUUUGAAGGAAAUUGUAAAUGCCUUUGUCGAAACUGGCCUCCUCCCCAUUGCCCUUGUGAGUGACCAAGGGUCUUCAUUUCAAUCGGCAUUAAAAACUCUGCAGGAAAAUAUCAGAGGUGAACAAAUACGUGCUGGUAUAGAGAUUUCUGGUACGUCACUAAGUGUGAUUUUCGAUCAACCACAUUUGAUAAAAGGGCUACGGAAUAAUUUUAUCACGAAAAAUAUAAAAAUGAAUGGGAAAAUAUCAAAGUGGCAAGACAUAGUCGACGUAUACCAAACCGACUGCAAACACACCAUAAGGCGCUUACUACAUAAAAUAAACGACGAACACGUCAUUCCCGAAAAAGUGAAAAAAAUUAAGGUGAAAAACUGCGUUCGGGUUCUAUCUAAAACUAUGGCGGCUGCCUUGUCGUAUACAGCUGAAUUCUGUAAGUAAUAUUCAUACAAUAUUGAAUAAUAACAAUUCGCAUUAUGCCUGCCUAUUAGGCUUGAAAGUCACAUAGUUGCAGCAACGUCAAUUAAUAUUAUUUUUGAUUUAACACCGUUUUUGUGCCUGGUGCCUGUAGUAUUUAUAUUGAUUGUCCAAAUUAUUUUUUUCA